AUCCUCUCAAGCUGAAGCGGUCUGAGCGAGUGUUCGGCGCAGUGCUCAACCCCCGCAGUGAAGCGUCUGUGUUUGUGAUUGCUCAGUCUGGCAAGAUGUUUGUCUUCUCGCUCAUGGUCAACUUCACAGACAGAGCACAGAUCCCCGUGACCGUCAAGGCGUCUAGCUCCUAUGUGAUGCCCAAG